AUGGCAGAAUUAGGUGUGGCCGCCAGUGUUAUAGCAGUCAUUCAGUUGACUAGCCAAAUAGUCUUGUUACUUGGCCAGUACGGUAAUAAGGUGAAAAGCGCGAGAGAUGACAUCAGUCGACUACAUAUCCAGCUCCACUAUGUGGCUGAGAUCUCCAAAGCUGCCCAACAGCUCCUCGAAGAACAGAAUAACGAGAGACUAAAGACGUCUCACAAGUUACAUGUCCAUUUCCGAGAUAUUCAAGCACGGCUUCAGGAACUCGAGCGCGAAUUCAACCGGAGUGGGACACAGACGGCUAUCGGUCGUAUCCGAUAUCAUGCUUUCACAUGGCCAUUCAAAGCAGGGAAGAUAGAAAAAUUGACCGGAGACCUUGAAAGAUGCACACAAGCCAUAUCGACAGCUUUGCAGAUCGACCAAGCAAACCUUCUUCUACAACUCGAUAGCAACACAUCUCUUCUUGAUCAAAAUAUUAUCAUUGGGAACCUUCAAGUUGCCGAGGGGGCCGGCUUUGAUUCCCAUGCAGAAGCACACAAUCCUACAUGCCACCCGCAGACUCGAGUCGAUAUUCUACAGAAAAUAUCUCAAUGGAGCGAGGAUUGCCGUGCUGAUCCCAUGCUGUUGCUGAGUGGAAAGGCUGGCACAGGAAAGUCGACAAUAGCCCGUACUGCUGCUCGUUCUUUUGCGACGCUCGGUAUUCUCGCUGCUAGCUUCUUCUUCAGAAGAGGCGAAGGCGAUCGAGGUAAAGCACUUAGACUUGUUACUACGAUUACCACACAGCUUGUAGAAAAUCAACCCGCCCUAGUGCCAUAUGUCAAAGAUGCUGUCAGAAUGGAUCCCAGGAUCACUCAGAAGUCGAUACGAGAACAAUUCAACAAACUGAUUCUCGACCCAUUAUCGAAAGCCCACACCAUAGAGAAUCAACCUUCACUCAUCAUCGUUGUUGAUGCGUUGGAUGAGUGUAACGACGAAGACGAUAUCAAACUUUUGAUUGAACUAUUCUGCAGUCCAAGAACCACGCGAAAUUUGCGACUACGAUUUUUAACCACCAGCAGACUCGAGCUGCCGAUUCGUCUCGGAUUGAACACUGUUAAUGGGGCAUAUCGAGACUUGACCCUUGACGAAGUUCCUUCCCAUGUCAUUAAGAAUGACAUAAAGAUUUUUCUGGAGUACGAGUUCAAAGAAAUUCGGAAUCAGUUUAAUGCUUCCGUGACCGAGAAUCGAAGACUUUCAGCAAGUUGGCCUGUCCCUUCUGAUAUUCACAAUAUCGUGGACAUGGCCGAUCCUCUUUUUAUCGUUGCUGCGACUGUGUGCCGCUUCCUUGCAGAUCGGAAAACUGGGAGCCCGCAGGGAAAACUUAACAUGAUUCUGGAACACAAAACAAAAAGCCUUGGUACUAAGCUUGAGGUUACAUAUCUCCCUAUCUUAGAGCAACAGCUCGCUGGAUUAUCCAUUCACGAAAGAUAUACAACGAUUGAGCAUGUUCGAAGUAUUGUUGGCUCAAUGAUUCUUCUCGCAAACCCGCUCUCCACGCAUGCUUUAGCGGCGCUCCUAGACAUAUCUCAAGUCAUUAUCGAUGAUAGACUCGAUCUGCUUCACUCGGUUCUGGUUAUCCCCAUGACACCUAACUCUCCUGUGCGCCUAUUCCACCUUUCCUUUCGCGACUUUCUGCUGGAUUCCGAAAAUCAAAUUCACAAUCCCUUUUUGGUAGACCAGAAGCAAGUUCACCAAGAGCUAGCCACACACUGUCUCCGGGUAAUGAACGACCGCCUUUCAAAAGACAGUUGUGAAUUGAAAUGGGCGGGAGCAUCCCGCUCAGGAAUCGACCCCGACCUAAUAAAAGAACGCUUUCCCGCUGAACUUCAAUACGCUUGCCUUUUUUGGACGUACCACCUCAAGGAAGGAUGUCAAUACAUCUGCGACAUUACCCUGGUCCAUAAAUUCCUUCUUGAUCAUUUUCUCCAUUGGGUCGAGGCUUUGAGCAUUCUGGGUAGGAUCUCAGAAGGCAUCUCCUGUAUAGAGACAUUACUGUCUUUGCUCGAAACACAAGGAGAUGCCAGACUGAAAAUUUUUUUAACUGAUUCUCGCCACUUUUUGCUUGCCUACGCAUCGGCAAUCAACUUAGCGCCGUUGCAGGUGUACUUUUCAGCCCUCAUAUUUGCCCCAGAAACAAGCGUUGUGAAAAACUCGUUCUUGAGAGAGCAUCCUAACUGGAUUUCCAUUCUUCCUGAUGGAGCUGACAGUGGAUGGAGCCAAUAUGAAUUGACCCUUGACAGACACAAAGACUCAGUUACCUCGGUCAAUUUCUCCCACGACUCGAACUUCAUUUUGUCUGGGUCUAAGGACAGAAUAGUCCGAAUUUGGUCGGCUAGCUCUGGUGAGCUGCAUCGUACACUCAAGGGCCACGGAAAACCUGUCAGGUCGGUUGUUUUUUCGCAUAAUUCAGAACUUGUUGCUUCAGCUUCAGAUGACCAGACGGCUCGGAUCUGGUCGACCGCGACGGGCGAACUACGGAGAAUACUUCAGCACAGCGAUGUCGUUUUAUCAGCCGUAUUUUCACAUGACUCAAAACUUAUUGUAUCAGCCUCCAAUGACAAUUUGGUCCGAAUUUGGUCUGCCGAUACAGGUGAGCUGCAAAAAGUGUUGGAGGGGCACCAGGACACUGUUAAUUCAGUCGCAUUUUCACACAACUCGGAGCUCAUUGCAUCUGCUUCAGAUGACAAGACAAUUCGCAUCUGGUCGACUAGUACAGGCGAGCUGCAGCGCAUCCUUAAUGGCCAUAACAGCCUUGUAACGUCAGUUGUAUUCUCGCAUGACUCAAAGAUUAUCGCAUCGGGUUCAUACGAUUGUACAGUUCGACUCUGGACAGCCGAUACUGGUGAUCUCGCAUUUACAUUAAAUGGUCAUAAAGGAGCUGUUACCUCAGUAACACUCUCGCGUGACUCUACGUUCCUCACUUCGGCUUCACUCGAUAUGUCAAUACGGGUCUGGUCGACACGUACCAAUGAGUUGCAGCAGGCACUUCAUGGGCAUCGUCGCGGUGUGACCUCAGUCUCAUUAUCGAACGAGUCGAAUCGCAUUGCAUCGGCCUCAGAUGACAAAACAGUUCGCAUCUGGUCGAUUGAUACAUUCAAUAUUCAUCAGGCGCUUGAGGAUCAAAACGGAAGUGGUCCCCAGAACAAUUUGUCAUACGAAUAUGGCUCCUUAGAACCCCAUAAGGAAACCUUUGAAAUACGCACAUUAAAUGAUACACGAAAAUACGAUACCGAAGAACGUCACGCUGGAAAAACGCCUCACGAACCAGAAUUGGUCCAUCCCGCUGCGGAAACUUCACCCCCAUCGACCACCUAG